AUGAAGUUCGUGUGGUUGCUCGCUGCCCUUUCUGCUACGGUGCUGGCAGCGCCCGAAAAGCGCGAUGCUGCGCCGACAUCGACCGAGUCGGUCAAUUGGUCUGCGCUUGGUCAAGCCUUGAAAUCGAUCACGCUUACGAUGCCUACAGGGUCGGCCAACUUGGAUAACAUCUCUCCGCCUCCACGUUCCCUUAUCCCGGAGAUCAUUAAGAAUGUGCCUCCCUCGGCGCUGGCUCAGCUGGUGGUUCCCGCUCAGCGAAGUGCCCUUGCCAGCGAGAUUGAUGCCGGGACCACCCCCUCAUGGUACCUGGCACUCCCCACUGACGUCAAAAGCUACAUGGCCGAGGUGAAGAAGGAAAUGUCCGACGGUGCAUUGACAGCCACGACGGGCAAGUACGCCCCUGCAAAGGCUACCGCCGAGAGCACGAAAGACGGUGGCGCAUCGUCCACAACAUCAUCAGGAAUGGGAGCGGCAGCAGCUAAGCCGACCGGUGGGUUGGUCAUGGGUGGGAUGGGGGCCUUGGGGGUGCUCGGGGUAGCAUUGGCGUUGUGA